GGUAAACAAAACGAAAUUGAGGCUCGCGUACAUUUCACAAAGAAAAAGCUGAUUUUAAACCGUUUAUUUUGGUAGGGCCAAAACAUCUUUUGUCAUGAGUGCAGGAAAAAGAACAUACAGGUCAUACCUUCAUAACCAGUCAGAACCUAAAUUACCCAGGACAACAGAAUGGAGAUUGAAAACAAAAAGAAACGAUAGUAAUUGUGACACUGAUACAACUGACAUUACACAUACCACUGGUGCUGAAUCAGAUAUUAACAAUGACAAUGAUAAUUCUUUGCCACAUGAUGACAUGUCUUAUUCAGGACAGCAAGAUACAGGUACUGCCGAUAAUAACAGUGCCGAGCCACUUUUUGAUACUUUGGACAAUGAAGAUCAAAAUAUUGCAUUCACUUUGAACAAUAUGGCAUUCAAUAACACUCCUGAUGAAAAUGAAGAAACUGAUACUGAUGAAGAUUCACUAAGUUCAGACAGUUCAGAUGAACAAUCCGAGGAAGAAAGUGUGAAUGACGAAGAAUUGUUUGAUGAAUCCCCAGAUGAUGAGCCCUUGUAUUCAAAUGCAGCAAUAAGUGUUUCUGAAACUUUAAUGUUGCUUUUGACAUUUGCAAUAAGACAUUGUCUUAGUUUUGCUGCACUAAAUGAUUUGCUUAAACUAGUCAGUGCUUUAUGUCCACAACCAAAUAAUGUCAAGACAUCUGUAAGAAAAGUAUGGGCAUACUUUGGAAAUAUAAAUUCUGAAAAGGUACUUCACUUUUACUGUAAGAAUUGCUACAAACAUUUGAGUUCAAGAAUUCAGCCCCAAGAAGGUACUACAUGUGGAGGAUGUGGCAAACAACUAACUGGAAAGGAACCGUAUUUUCUUCAUAUAUCACUCAUUCAGCAAAUAAGAAACUUAUUCUUGAAAGAAGACUUUGUUCAAAACCUAUCUUACAGAUUUGAAAGAGAACUAACUACUGAUAUCUGUGAUGUGCAUGAUGGACUGAAAUAUAAAGAACUGUUUAAAGAUGGAGGACUUUUGUCUGAUCAAUACAACAUUUCCUUGCAGAUGAAUACAGAUGGAGUUGCUAUAUUUAAAUCUUCAAAUGUUAGUGUUUGGCCCAUAUAUAUGACAGUAAAUGAACUUCCACCAAAAGCACGAUUUUCCCGAAACAUGAGGAUAUUUGCUGGACUAUGGUUUGGCUCUGCAAAACCAAAUAUGACAACGUUUUUGCGUCCACUUGCUGAGGAAUUGUUUGAAGCAUACAAUGGCAUAACUCUUACAAUUAAUAAUCAAAUUGUUACUGUUCGUUCAAUACUUUUAACAGCUUGCCUGGAUGCUCCAGCCAGAUGUAUGUUUCAGUAUUUUACACAGUUUAAUGGGGAAAAUGGAUGUGGGUAUUGUACUGAAAAGGGGAAAGUUGUUACAUCAGGAAAGGGCCAUUCUAGAAUUUAUCCUUUCAAUAGUGAACAUGAAAGUAAACUUGGUCAUGACAGCCUAAGAACACAUGAACAAACUAAGAGAAAUGCUGUUCUUGCUCAAAACAGUAAAAAGGCUGUGCAGGGAGUAAAGGGUAUCAGUUGGGGACUUAUUUUGCCACAUUUUGACAUAAUAUUGGGUGUUCCGAUAGAUUACAUGCAUGCCGUGUUACUUGGUGUUGUCAAGCAGCUUAUUACAUUUUGGUUUGACAAAUCUUAUUCUAAGUAUCCUUAGAGUUGUGUAAAAACAGUUAAAGAGUGCGAUAGGCGAAGGUCAAUCAUUGCACCUCCAGAUUUUGUUAAAAGAAUUCCUCGUAGUAUUGAACUUUAUGGAUCUAAAUACAAAGCAGCAGAAUAUCGAACCUGGUUAUUGUACUAUUUAUAUCCAGUAAUGAAAGGAAUACUUCCAGAUAUUUACCUUCAUCAUGCACUACUACUUGUUAAUGGCAUUUACUUAUUGUUAAAGUCAAAUAUUACAUUAAAUGAUAUUCAAAAGUCCAAAUCUUUACUGCAGCAUUUCUGUUUAAGGAUGCCAUCAAUUUAUUUGCAAAACAAAAGCACAUACAAUGUUCAUCAACUGCUGCAUCUUCCAAGCUGUGUUGAGAAUUUAGGCCCAUUGUGGUCAUUUUCAUGUUUUUUUAUGAGGAUCUUAAUGGAGAUUUACGAAA